AUGGCAUCGCUGCAAGAAACAGUAAACUCACCGGAAAAUGCAGCCAAAAUGUCCGCCGACGACAUCGAGCGCGCGCUGGACAGCGGCCCCUUCGCGACCUGGGCGCAGCCGCUCGCCGCGCUCGCGGCAGCCGUGGCGGAGGCGAAGCCGGCGCGCGUCGUGAGCCCGGCCGAGUUCCUGCGGCGUUGUGUUGAUGGCGGCGCGCGCUGCGUCGACGUGCGGUCGCCGGCGGAGUUCGCGAGGGACGCCGUCCCGGGGGCCCACUCGGCGCCGCUCUUCGACGACGCGGAGCGCGCCGACGUGGGCAAGUGCUACGCCAAGAAGGGCCGCGACGAGGCGAUGCGGCUCGGCCUCGCGAAGCUGCGCAAAAAGGGCGGCCUCGGCGCGCUCGCGGAGCGCGUCGCGGGCGAGGCGAAGAUCGUGGGCGUCUACUGCUGGCGCGGCGGCCUGCGGAGCGGGUCGGUGGCGUGGCUGCUGGCGCGCCGGAACGUCGACGUCUUCGUGCUCGACGGCGGCUACCGCGCCUACCGGCGGCACCUGAGAGAAUUGUUCGAGGAGGGCCCGCGCGUGAUCGUCGUCGGCGGCCGCACGGGCGUCGGCAAGACGCGCGUGCUGCGGGCGCUCGCAGCAAAAAAUCAUCAAGUUCUCGACCUCGAGGCGCUCGCGGCGCACCGCGGCUCGGCCUUUGGGGACCUCAAGGGCGCGGCGCAGCCGUCGAACGCGGCCUUCGAGACCAAGUGCGCCUGGGCCUGGCGCGCGCUCGACGCGACCCGCGACGUCUUCGUCGAGGACGAGGAGGGCCACGUCGGCCGGUGCCUCGUGCCCCCGGCGCUCUACGCGCGCAUGCGGGCGGCGCCGCGCGUCGUCCGCGUCGACGCGUCGGACGCCGCGCGCGUGGCGCACCUCCUGGAGGACUACGCCGAGGACGAGGCCGCGGGCGCGGGCGGCGCGCGCGCGCGCCUCGACGCCGCGCUGGCGCUCGUCGCGAAGCGGCUGGGCCCCGACGACACGGCGCGCGCGAAGGGGUUCUUGGACGCGGGCGACCUCGCGGCGUGCGCGCGCCUGCUGCUGGCACGGUACUACGACAAGCUCUACGACCGGCACCUCGGCCGGCGCGGCGACGCGGUGCUCGCCGUCCGGGCCGCGGUCCCCUUUGACGCCGGGGCCGUCGCCGACGCCGUCGUCGCGGCCGUGUCGCGCGCCGACGCCGCGGACCUCCCGCCGCCGCCGCCCGUCGAAGCGACGCGGCCGCCGCCCCGCGACCGCGACGACGACGGCGUGCAGUGGUGCGCGCCGAGCUAG